AUGAAUAACGGAAAAGUUUCGUCGAAGAAGAGAGCGAGAACAGAAACAGAGUCUUCAUCAGACAGAUCUUAUCUUCUUGCACAUGUCACACCUUCAAGCCUACGCCGAGAUAUUAUGUGUCUUUUAAGCAAAUUUGCAAGGUCAAAUGGUCUGGACAGGAGAGAGUGCGAGAUUGAUCUUAUAGAUGAACAUGAAAAAUCUUGGACUCUGCUUCUUAGACACAACAAAAAAACUGGUCAGGCUUUUAUGCGUGGAGGAUGGAGAAGUUUCUGUCGUAACAACGGGAUCAAAGCCGGAUCUUUCUGUAGGUUUAAGCUUGUCCAAAGUGGAAUAAAACCUGUGCUACAGCUGUGUCCCAACGCCUCUAGCAUUCCAGAAGGAAACUCUUCCAAAGCAAGCAAAAAACGGAAUGUUUCUGAAAGUGAAGGUGAUGAGAUUGAAUCUGAGGAUUGCUCAGAGACUGUUGCAAUGAAUCAGAACAAGAUUAUGACAUUUGAUCUUAAACCUUACGUGUUCAGGUCAUGUCAAUUUCGUCUUCCUGCAUCGUUCGCAAGAGAGAACGGGAUUGUGGAAGCAGGAGAGGUAACUGUAUUAAACAAAGAUGGCGUAGAGUGGAAAUCGCAUCUAGUUAACGUCAAGGGACGCGAUCAGUUUUACAUUAGAAGUUGUCAAGAUUUCUUUGUAGCCAAUGGCAUAAAGUACGUUGGUGAUCCCUUCACAUUAGAGGUUAUUCGAGGAGGAACAUCUCCAAUUCUCAAGAUCUGUUCCAAGGUAAAGCAAGCAGCAUCAUUAGAUGGCUAUAAGGCUGCGGAGAGGAAACCCCGAAUGACGGUUCAAGCACCACAGGCUGAAGAACAAAAGAGAGCUCGAGUUACUGAGGAAGGAGGGCUAUCUCGCUGCACUAGGGCUGAUCGAAACUUGCAGCAAAAGCAACCGCUUCAACCUUGCUCAAUCUCUGAUCACGUUAAAAAGGUGAAACAGAGUAUUGUGGAUACUUUAACCGAUGUGAGACGGUUUCAGCGGGAGCUCGAGGUAAAGGAACAUAAUCUAGAAGCUUCGCUGCAAGAAAUUGAUGCGUUAGGGGAAAAGAUAAUGGAAAUCAGCAAAAUCUUCAACAUUAGUCAAGUUUAAUUCGGAAAUGAAGAUCAGGUACUUUUUGCAACGAUGGAGUUGGAGAAUAUUUCGGAACUUUUCCGUUUCCACAUGUCUUAGAUAUUAGUUAUCCCACA